UUUGAUCAUUGACACAAAUGGAAGAACCUGCUUCAACGCCCGAGAUUGGAAGCAGUCUCCGUACGCUAGAACCGCGUUGCGGUGAGGCCGGCCUGGGCGGCAAAGAGGGGGGCUCUUCUUCUUUGUCUUUUAUUUUGUAUUGCAUAAUUAAUCUUUAUUUUUAAGCACUAAAGUUUAAAUGACAAAGGACUAAUCGGUCAUUUUCACAUGGCGUUCCGUUGUCUUCGCGCCAGCACAAAGAUUUUGGUAUUUCGGUUAAUAUCAUCAUCAUCAUCACCCCUUGUAUCUAAAACCUCACUUUGAGCGUUUUACUCAAAACAUAACCGUUACGGUCAAGCAAUAUCACCACCGCACCGUCAUGGGAACCACCGCCACUACGUCAACCCAAAUCCUGCAUCACACUACCUCCUUCACCUUCGAAAUCCUAUCCCAGUCCGACCUCCGCCGUCAAAUUUUCUCUACCUUACGUUGCAAGCUUUUGCCCUCCGAUCAAAUCACACUCAAACCCUUAAAGCUCGCCGCCGAAACUCUAGAAAACGCCAUUUCCACAUCUAACACCGCCAUCCAAUCCUCCUCUCUCCGCCUUGCUGAAAAGCUCCUCGUUUCCUACCCCGAAACGACCUUCUCUUCUUUCCUCCUAUCUCUCAUUUACGCUUUGUCAAACCAACCCAUCAAUUCCUCCAUUAGUCUCCUACAAGUUUUCUAUUUAGACCCUUCAGUAGCUCGAUCAGAACUAGCACCCACCCUUUUCGAAGACCUCUUUCUCGUUCAUUUCCUACCCGUUCUUCAACGGUUCAACGAACAAAGAUCGACCAUUUUGUCAUCCUUAUCGCAAAAUGCGAAUCACGAUACAGACGAUUAUUCCAUAUGUGAUGUUUCGGUGGUCGUUCCAUGCUCUAAAUUGCUAUCGAAAAUGAGUGGUGAUCAAGCUUUGGAGUUGAAAGAACUGGAAAGAAAUUACGAAGAGGUUCUCGACGAGAAUUGCAGGGUUUUCGUUAAGUAUUUCAAAGAGGUUCUAGCAAAUAAUGAUGAAAACAGAUCCAUUAAUCCGCCGGAUUUGGUGUUUAAGCAAUCAGAGAAAAGUGAAGAAGUAGACUAUCGUGAAGAAGAUGAUGACAACGUCAAAGCCAAGGAACUUGGAUUGAAAAACGGACGGUAUAAUCCAAUAUGGGCUGAAGGAGAAAGAUCAGUUGAAUUUUCUCGCAGUAGCAGCAAAUCCAAGUCUCCACCGUUUUAUCCUCAAAGAGUGUCUGUAAAUGUCCUUAAAAGACAAAAUUCUAGGACACUGAUAACAUCGCCAACUUCAAUUUCUGAUUCUGAAAUGGAGUCUCUUUCCGAAGACAAUUCACCCAACUCUUGUUCCUCGGAAUCUGAUGCCGAUAUCGAGGAAAAUGACAAAGAAAGUGCAUUGUUGGAACAUGGAAAUAGUCCGACACGGAAACAAAAGCAGCCUGUCUUUGCUGAUUCCAGUCGGUCUCCUCAUUAUCUAAUGGCGGAUAAUGGUAACCCUCCUGGCAGUGGAAAACAUACACCUCCCAAGGAUUUUGUUUGCCCCAUCACAAGUCAUUUGUUUGAUGACCCAGUCACCCUAGAAACAGGCCAGACUUAUGAGCGUCGAGCAAUCCGGGAAUGGUUGGAUCGGGGAAACUCGACGUGCCCCAUCACCCGUCAGAGUCUACAUAGUACUCAGUUGCCUAAAACGAAUUACGUACUCAAGAGGCUCAUAGCGAGCUGGCAAGAAAAGAAUCCGGGUGCAACCCCCCCGCAUCAGUCCCAGAAUCUGCAAGUUGUAGAAACUGAUCAUCAUGAGCCAAUGGUGAAGCCAGUGGUUCCUCCUUCAACUUCUCCUAAUAGUGUCAUAAGCCAAGCCAACAUGGAUAGAACCAUCAAUGAGUUACGCCAAGCGAUUACCAGUCUUUGUAUGUCUGAAAUUCUCAAGGAAUCGGAGAGGGCUGUUCUUCAAAUAGAGAGGUUUUGGCAAGACAUGAGUAUAGAGCCUGAUAUUCUAACUAUGCUCUCAAAACCAGCAGUGAUCAAUGGAUUUGUGGAGAUCCUCUUCAAUUCAGUGGACCUCCAGGUGCUGAAAGCCACCUUUUUUCUCCUGUGUGAACUGGGUUUAAGAGAUGAAACUGUGAUCCAUACAUUAACUCGAGUCGACUCCGAUGUCCAACGUAUUGUUGGUUUGUUUAAGCAAGGUUUGGAAGAGGCAAUUGUGCUUAUAUAUCUUUUAAGGCCUUCAAUCAAUGGCCUCGUGGAGAUGGAUGUAGUAGAAUCCCUCCUAUCAGUUAUAAAAGGGAGAGCUGAUGAUUUGCUUAAAAUGUGUUUGAAGCCAAAAACAGCUUCAAUUCUAUUAUUGAGACAAAUUCUACAGAGCAAUGAAGAGAACGUUGUAGCUUCCAUUAUCAGCACAAUUGUUUCUUCAAAAGUGAUUGAAAGAAUUGUUGGUAGCUUGGAAGCUGAAUGGGCAGUUGAGAGGAUUGCUGCAGUUGGUAUCUUGAGAAGAUGCAUACAACAAGACGGUAAAUGUAGAAACACCGUAGCUGAUAAUGCUCAGUUGGCACCAGUUCUGGAAAACUUCAUGGCCACAAGCGAUGAAGAACGAUUUGAGAUAGUUUACUUUCUUUCCGAGUUAGUCAAAUUAAACAGGAGGACAUUCAAUGAGCAAAUUCUCAACAUUAUCAGGGAUGAAGGUUCUUUUAGUACAAUGCAUGCUCUCCUAGUUUAUUUACAGACAACACUUCAAGACCAGAGUCCUAUUGUGGCUGGUCUUCUACUCCAACUUGAUCUCCUGGUUGAGCCAAGAAAGAUGAGUAUUUACCGUGAAGAGGCGAUAGAUACUCUCAUUUCAUGCCUCAGAAAUUCAGAAUUCCCAGCUUCUCAGAUUGCAGCUGCAGAGACAAUUGUAUCACUGCAGGGAAGAUUCACUACCUCGGGGAAGCCCCUCGCACGGCCUUUUCUUCUAAAGCGUGCCGGACUUGAGAAAAAUUAUAGAAAGCUCAUGCGGAUGGAGCAGCUACACAACAAUCCUGGAGACUUUGAAGAUAUAUCUGAAGAAGAGAAGGCAGCUGAUGCUUGGGAAAGAAAAACAGCAUUUGUUUUAGUAAGUCAUGAAUUUGGUUUGGUUUUUGAAGCUUUAGCAGAAGGGCUGAAGAGCAAAUCAGCAAAGCUAUGUUCCACUUGCUUUGUGGCAGCAACAUGGCUAGUAUACAUGCUUGGCGUUAUUCCAGACACCGGAAUAAGAGGAGCUGCCCGAGUCUGCCUACUCAAGCACUUUAUAUCAACAUUCAAGUCUUCAAAGGACAUUGAAGACAGAACUCUUUCCUUGUUGGCUCUCAAAAGCUUCAUUCAUGACCCUGAGGGACUGCGCGAUAUGUCUUCCUAUAUGAAGCACAUUUUGAAAGGUCUAAGAGAACUCAGAAAAUCUUCCUCACUGGCACUUGAAAUCAUGAAACUUCUCUCUGACGGGCAAGAUUCCAGUGCUGAAUUAUGGAAUCAUAAAGAACUAGCUCAAGUAGACUCUGCUGAAAAUGGAGAAGUGUUGUCAAUUGUUAGUUUCAAAGACAAAUUCUUUUCAGGCCAUUCUGAUGGAACUAUAAAGGUCUGGGCUGGUAGAGGCAGCAUUCUUCAUCUUGUCCAAGAAAUUAGAGAACAUACCAAGGCUAUUACAAGCUUGUAUGUUCUACAAUCUGGGGAAAGAUUAUAUAGUGGUUCACUUGAUAAAACUACAAGGGUCUGGUCCAUUGGCAAUGAACAAAUACAUUGUGUACAAGUACAUGAUAUGAAGGAUCAGAUUCAUAACUUAGUUGUUGCCAACAGCAUUUCAUGCUUCAUUCCCCAAGGAGCUGGGGUCAAGGUUCAUGCAUGGAAUGGACAAUCAAAAGUAUUGAAUCAAAAUAAAUACAUCAAGUGCUUGGCUCUUGACCAUGGAAGAUUAUAUUGUGGAUGCCAUGAUAACAGUAUCCAGGAACUUGAUUUAGCAUCUGGAACACUCAGCACCAUUCAAAGUGGUUCUAGAAAAUUACUAAGCAAAGCACAUCCGAUCCAUGCACUCCAGGUUCACAAUGGACUGGUAUAUUCAGCCAGUACUGCCUUGGAUGGAGUAGCUGUGAAGAUUUGGAGCACUACAAAUUAUAACAUGGUGGGAUCAUUGCCAACUACUUCAGAAGUGAGGUCUAUGGUAAUAAGCUCAGAGCUGAUAUACUUGGGAUGCAAAGGAGGAAUUGUGGAAGUUUGGGACCUCAAAAAACAAACUAGAAUUGAAAUACUGCAAACAGGAACUAAUGGUAAAGUUCUUUGCAUGAGUCUUGAUCCCAAUGAGGAAGUUUUAGUUACCGGAACUUCCGAAGGCCGAAUUCAGGCAUGGGGAUGGAGUUAAAAAGCUGGAAAAAAGAGAGGAAAAAAGCUUGUAAAGUAUGGAGAACACAUUGAUUAUAGAACAAUAGAAGCAGAAUAAUUCCACUGGAAAUGUUUAUACCCUUUGAAAUCCCUUGGGAAAAGAAAAGUUCUUGUAAUUUGCAUGCAAGUUGUGAUUCGUUCUAUGAUUUGAGUCUUGCCUUGCAUCAAGUUGAAUUGUAAGUUUUGGUCAAAAUUUGUAAUUCUUUAGCAUUGUACUGCUUACAUACAUAAAUUCUUAUAUAUGGAUACUGUAAAUUUGUCCGGAA